AUGCAGAAAGUUGUUCAGAGGGCUACAUCAGCCCGGAAGCAGGCACAGAAGAAGAUUUUCCGGGCCAAGCAAGCCCUCCAGGUCGCGGACCGCCAGAAUGUUCUCCGGGUACGAAAAGAUUACAACAAAGCUUUGGUCUCGGGCUUGAAGGAAGCGCGGGCUACCCGCUGGGAGGAUUGGGAAAAGGGACCCCUGGCUCCCAUGCGACAUGUCGGCAACCAAGCAACUACAUACGGUUCGGUCGAAGUCUCCUUGAUGCACCCCCCGGCCAUCCCCAAGCACCUCCGCCGAAAGCAGAUCCUGUUCGCCGUAGGAGAUCGAGUCAAUGAAGAUAGUGAAACUGUCAUCAUCAAUAACAUCAACCAGGCCGAGAUCAAUGUUCCUGAAUUCGCCAAGAUCUCCAUGGGAAUCCAGUCCGAUACCGUUACUCAGAGCUUGCCCGUGUCCAUGAAUGAUGUCCGACACGUUAUUGCCCUCGAGAUGGGGAACGAGACAAAAGAUCACAUAAUCCAGCAUGUUUAUGCCGGUCCUCCUUUCCUGGAACGAUCUGCCGAAAGCAAACUCCCUCGCUUUACUCGAUACGUCUCCGGAUUGGACAUUGAAAUCCCAUGGCCCUCGGAGUCUGCACCCUCAAUCGAGGUGUCCGAGUGCGACACAAGAGGAAGUGAAGUGACUGAUGUGUCCUGGGUUCCCUCUAUGGAUGAGCCACCUUUCCCAUCCACUGUCAUUGAUGAGCUGCGCAACAAAUACUCCAGAUUCCGCACACGGCACGACCCCGAAUAUGUCGAGAAGAAGGUGUUGGAGGAAUACCGCCAGGAAUACAUGAAGAGCCAGACUUUAUUGACCCCUAGGGGCGAGAAGAAGCAGGCGACGGCAAAUGCCAGUGUUGCAGCCAAGCUGGCGAAACUGGAUGCUGAUGGCAAUGUGAUCAUGGACCAGGAGACCAACGACUUCAUCAGCCGCUUCAUGGGGGCGAAUGCGAAAAAGCCCACCAAGUCUGCCAAGGUUCAACCUUCUGCUUGA